UGAAAAUACUUGGGAGCGGAGGUUGAGUCCAUUGAUUUUUUUUGACGAUGUAACCCAUCUCUUUAAGGAUACGGUGACAAUUUGAAUGAGAAACCCCUUCAUUUUGUGCAUAAUCAUCGCAAGAAGGGCUUAUGUGCUCCUCGCCGCUUGAUUUCCGACUCGGGGUGCUCAGUGUUGUCGGGGUAGAGUCCGUUUCACUGCAUCAACAUGGGUGUGAUCGGUGUGCAGCUGGUGGUUACCAUGGUAAUGGCCAGUGUAAUUCAAAAAAUCAUACCUCAUUAUUCCUUCGCAAGAUGGCUUCUCUGCAGUGGCAGUCUGCGGUGGUAUCAGCACCCUACAGAAGAUGAGUUGAGGAGCUUAGCUGGGAAACAAAAAGGACAGAAGCGAAAAGACAGGAAGUACAAUGGUCACAUAGAAAAUAAGCCGCUAACAGUUCCCAAGGACAUAGACUUACAGCUGGAGACGAAAUGCAUCACAGAAGUCGACACUUUAGCAUUGCACUACUUCCCAGAGUUCCAGUGGCUGGUGGAUUUCACUGUAGCGGCAACUGUGGUCUAUCUGAUAACAGAGCUCUACUACAGUGUGGCUCAGCCCUCAGGAGAGAUGAACAUCAGUGUGGUCUGGUGCCUGCUAGUACUCGCCUUUGUCAUUAAGACCCUUUUCUCUCUAACGGCCCACUACUUCAAGCUCGAGGAAGGAGGCGAGCGCUCACUCUGCAUUACUUUCGGGUUUUUCUUUUUUGUCAAAGCCAUGGCCAUUCUAAUCGUCACUGAAAACUACCUGGAGUUUGGUCUUGAGACCGGUUUUGCAAACUUCUCUGACAGCGCUCUACAAUUUCUGGAGCACCAGGGCUUAGAGUCCCAGGGUCCCAUAUCUAAACUCACCUUCAAGCUGAUCCUGGCCCUGCUCUGCUCCCUGAUUGGAGCAUUUCUAACUUUCCCUGGUCUACGAUUGGCCCAGAUGCACCUAGAUGCACUCAAUCUGACCACAGCCAAAUUUACACAGACUCUGCUUUAUAUCAACUUCCUGUCACCCCUUAUCAUGCUCCUGCUGUGGGUGAAGCCCAUCACCAAGGAUUACAUAAUGAACCCCACUCUGGGAAAGGAGAGUGUGCCUUUGAUGACUGAGCAGACGUAUGAUACGUUGCGGUUAUGGGCCAUCAUACUGAUGUGUAUGCUACGGCUCGCUAUGAUGAGACAUCAUUUGCAGGCCUACCUCAACCUGGCCCAGAAGGGUGUGGACCAGAUGAAGAAGGAGGCAGGCCGGAUAAGUACCGUUGACCUGCAGAAGAUGGUUGCACGUGUUUUUUACUACUUGUGUGUAAUCGCACUACAGUAUGUGGCACCACUGGUGAUGCUGCUGCAUACAACUUUGCUGCUAAAAACCUUAGGUGGACACUCCUGGUGGGUCUAUCCUGAAGAAGACCUGCCUUGCAUCUAUGAAAUGAACUCUGACUCUGUGAUGGGUGCGGCACCAGUAGCGGCCCCAACACCAGCUUCAGUGGUAGAAACAGGAGCCCGGGCGUCAGUGGCCCAGCUGUCAGUGGCACUGGGAGGCCUGCGGACUGUCUUCAGCCCCAUGCUUUUCCGGGGCCUCUUCUCCUUCUUUACUUGGUGGAUUGCUGCCUGCCUCUUCUCCACCUCCCUCUUUGGCCUCUUCUACCAUCAGUAUCUCAUGGCGGCAUAGCAUCAGCAACCCAGCAGUGCCAGCCAGACCCCCACAGGGCUACUGUACAUUCAGCCUAAUCAGAAAGGACUGAUUGGGGGCAACAUUGCCUAUUGAUGACUCUACUCCACAACUCCUCCUUUCUUCCCUUCCUCCCUCUUCCCCUUUGACCACCUCUCAGUGACUGACCAUAUCAUCAGAGCUCCUGGUUCAACUUCCAGUGCUUCCUUCAAAAAUGACUCUGUGAAUUCGUCAUUGUUUUUACUACUACGACUACUUCAUUUAAUUUGGGGAGCGAGAUUUCUAAACCUUAAUAACAAACAGACUAAAGAAUGAGUUAGAAGAAUAUUACUCAGUGUCAGUGGUGUGUUGGUAUAGUAAUGAGAAAAUGAUCCAGUUUGCUGUAUGAAAAUUGAAUGAUAUAAGGUGAAAUACUGUAUCUCAGUUGCUGAUUACAAUUAAUUUUACGUGUUGAAAGGUGGUGUGGCAGUUCUGAUCCACCAUUGCACCAUUUUUAAUCGAGCCAAUGGGGAGAUAAUGUUGAUAGUUGUUCACACCAGAUCAGAUGUAACCAGUUUGACCCAUCAACAUCUUUAGAUUCAAAAUGUCUCUUACUAUAGAGAAACCUAAUUGCAGCCUCUUACAGAUGCAUGCAUGUCAGCCGGAGUCAGAUUUCAGACUCUUGUCCAUCCUCUUACUAAGUCCACCGUAAACUAGUAUUGGCGAUCGAUUAUAUCAAAGACUUAUCCAGGAAAAAUUUGGAGUUGGUCUGCAUGACUGGAUAUGUGCUGUGAAGUUUAAGUUUUAUUGAUUGGUACUUAUGUGCGCCGCCUUGACAUUAAGAGUCAUGCAGCCAUCUAUAUUCCAGUCUGUAUCACAGGCCAUGAAAUUGCUAAUUUCCCUCUAUGACAUGUUGUAAGGAAGCUACAUUUAGGUCGCAGAAUAUCAUUGAAUCUGGAGAUGUUCAUGGAGGCUAACGUGUGACUUCAUAUUAGCCGGAAAUCACAUGGACUUAUUUUUUGCUGAACCUUUUUUUUUUUUUUUAAGUGUGUGUGUGUGUGGGGGGGCUGCUAUUUUUGUCUUUUGAUCAAAACUUUAAAAUAUGUGUGUUAAAAGAAAAUGGCCUCUUUUUCUCAGAUGCCUAAAUUCCAUUGCCACGGACCACAAAAGAGUCUGAGUCUUAAAAUUUUGCCAGUGCUUUUCUGUGUGGAGGUGGAGGAGGAGGGGGAGGAAGAGAAUGAGGGAGGGGCAGCCUGUGGAUUUUCCCCCGAAAUGGGUGAGAUGGGAUGACCUAACCAAGGUAUGACGGUGGAGAACUCAAGAAGAGAUGUACUUGCAGAGGAGCAAGAGGAGAUGUUAAACUGAUGGGGCGACAUCUCACUGACUUGAAUCUGAUGUAUUUAAAUGUGUCUAAUUGAAGUUGCCAUCAAGGACAAACUUUUUAAAUGAAAGUCGUUCCAAUAGACUUGUGAUGUUUCAAUUUGCAAUGUAACCUCCCUGGUUUUAACUGAGCCAUUUAAGAAGCUAUGAGAGAAUCUGAAGCUCUUUUUUUUUUUUUUUUUUUUUUUUGAGCGGCAGUGAUGAGUUAAAGGGAGGACAGCACGUAGGGCUCAAUCAAGGUAUGUGCUUGUGUACGUGUGUCUGUCUGCAUGUAUAGGAUCUCUACUGUAGGUCAUCUGUAACCUGAAAGGGCAUUGCGAUCAAGGAGAGAUGAUGUCAACUACUGUUGAUGAGCUACCGCCUUUAUGUUGUGCUUUCUUUUUUCUUUUUUUUUACUUUUACCCAUACAUUGCUUUUAAACUCAUUUGCGAACAAGCUUUUGUUUGUUUUCAUUCUAUUUCUAAUGGAUAAAAUUGUGGAUUUGUAAAAGUUUUGAUUUUAAAAUGGUGCCAAUUAAGUCACCCCCCCCCCCCCCCCCUCCUGUCCCAAUGGCUGUAGAUUUGGUGUCUGCUAGUGUUUGAAACUACAGCUGAGCUACAACUCUGCUGACAUCUGUUUUCUGUAGAUCCAUCUUGAUUGAAGAGAGAAUUACUAGUUCUGGCUCACAACAGGAAGUAACGGUGUUGACAGUGUCUUUACAUACUGUAAUUGUUUGGUGGGUAAAUGUACGCACAAGCAGUCACUGUGCUGAUGACGCACUGGGCCAACAUGAUUAUCCAGUCUGUUCAGGAAUGUAGGGUACGUGCUGCCAGAUUAAUUGCAUUCGUGUGGUUCUCUGGCAUUUCACUUCAUUUCAUCAUUACAUUCAUUAUAUCACAGAGCUGUAAUUUAUAAAUUUCAGCUCUGUGAGUUUUGUACAGAACACAUUUUACAAAGUCAAGCAGCACCAUAUCACAUUUUUUUAAGGUCCUGGUGUCGAAAGUCUUAGCUUCAGUUGUGUCCGUUUUAAAUGUUAGGGAAUAUGCACAUAAUGAAUGUAUCAAUCCUGCCUAAUUUCUAGAUUGUUUUCAUGAAAAUGAUUUGUAUGGUGAGUUGAUUUGACACCCCCGCACUUCCUGAACUCCUUACUUCUCUACUACCAUCUGCUACAAAAGCUAAUUUGUCCUAAUGACUAUUUUAUCAAUUGAUUUAUCUUUGUUUUUGUAUUUAUUACGUAUGUUGAAGCCUGUAAACAUUUCUAAUAAUUUUAACAGCAUACACUUUAUUUUGAUAUAGGAGUGCAUGAUGGUUUAAAUCAGUUUUGAGAAUGUGUUUGACAAAUCAGUUACAGAUUAACCUUUUUAUUCCGUUCUGGUGAGAAGUACCUUGGAUACUUUCAGAAUUCAUUGGCCUAAUCAGGCAUUUCUGUUUGUUACCACUGAAAGUGUUUAUUAUUCAUUGUUGGGUUCACGAAGUAAAUUACACAAGAGUGUUGUUCUUUCAUGUAUUUAUUUCUGCUUUAGAUUUUGUCUUAAAUAAAUUAUGUUCUUUA